ACUUCACUUCACUUCUUCACUUUACCCGCCACAGCGCCAAGCCAAGCCAACCUACCUGAUUACAUUCUUCAUCAUUCUUCUAUUGUGGGAUUUCUGUUUUUCGGAGGAUAUAAAUAUUUACGAUGGAAACUCCUCCACAUGAUGUGGUGCAAAUAGUACGACGUUCCACACGAAGUGCCUUAGCGGAGAUACCAGCCCGCAUGGGAGCCAUCACUUUUGCUGAUAAUGCCACACCAGUGACUCGGCACCAGAAUCAUCCGUUCACCGCCAACGGACACCCAAAUCUGUUCAACAUCCCAGCCUCCUAUAUAUCACCUUCUCCAUCUCCAGACGAACUGGUGAUCCAGCAGCGUGGCAGGCGCAAGAUGCCGGUCACAUGGUCACCUGACAUUGACUACCGCAAGCGUGAGAGCGCACCUGCCACUCGGGAGCGCACACCUGUCAAGAUGUCUCCCAACUCCAAACACCUUGUACUACGCAGCUCUCCCCGCAAGAGACUGCUGCUAAAUGACCCCAAGGAGAUGUGUUUAUCACCAGAGAAGAAAAAGGCAGCUUCACCAAAUCCCAAAAAGCUGAAAAUAGCCCCAGUUGACAGCAGCCCAGUGGAUUUAGCUCUUAAGGCCCUAACUUCAGAACAGCUGAUUAGUAUUAUUCAGAACGUCAUUUCAAAUCAUCCAGACCUUGAAGAGGAAAUCAAGCAAAACAUGCCUGCACCUGAUUUGGAACCUUUGGAAGAGAGGUUGAAUGAGUUGAAGCAUAACAUCUACAAGUCUCUUCCCAACUCUAGGCUUACCUCCAAGACUGAUUCCCCAGCUUACAGUAGAGCAGCCAUCCACGUUUUGGCGUUCAAGAAAUGCGUAUUGGAACAAGGACGGAAAUUGGUAGAGUCCCAACAAUGGACGGCUGUCAUUGAAUAUACACAAAUGGCUUGGAGGUAUGUUCGAGCUACUCCUCUCUGGGACAAUCCUCCACACAAUGCAGCUCGGAGGCAAUGCUUCAAGACAUUGGCAGUUCAGUGUAUGACAGCAUUUAAACGUUCCUCCCAGCUGACUCCUGCUGACUGUGAAGAACUCUACACCAAGAUGGAAUCCUUUGGUGCCGACAGUGACGAUUUCCAGACGGUUUUGAAAUUUUUGGACACUUUGAGAAAAAAGUGAAAACAAAGGAGAUUUAAAAGACUGGUGUACGAUAGGUUAUCGUAAGUUUUUACUGUUACCUGUUUCAGUGCCUUUUAAAGGUUUUCAAACGGUUCAACUGUAUCUACUAGCAAGUAGGUUUUUAUUGUCCUGAACUAAGCCUAUAUUGUUUUGUCCAUAAACAAAUUUUGUUAACUCUCAUUAAAAUUAAAAAUAAACUCUAGUACAAACUCUCACCUCAGUACUCAUGUUCAAAUAUGAAGCAAUCAUGUUUGAUCAAUAAUUUAGGUACUGUAAAUUCAAUUUCCCAGUUAAAAGUGGAUGUUUUUUGCUGGCUUCAGCUCUUUUACACUUGCCCCGUGGAUACAGUUUGACGACUGAGUUAAUCAUACUCUGGCACGUUGUGUUUAUUUUAUUUAGUUGUAGAAUUUUAGAAAUAUUUUUCUUCAUCCAAAGCCAUAUUUUAAGAUUAUGUUGUAGAUAUUAUGGCGAUUUGAAUUAUUGAAGUUUUGACAUAGGUUUUUUUACUACUAUGUGUUAUUAGCUUUGCCUACAUGGCGUUAUGUACUCUGAUGGUUAUUGUUGUAUUGUUACAGUCUUGUUUUUUAUAAGUUUUUCUGUUAAAUUACUGAAAAACUUUGGACUUUGUGUAUUUUUAUACAUAUUAAUUUUUUGAGUACAUGUUGGUAUUGCACAAUGUUGAAGUGUUUGUUACAAAAAAAUGUUAUUGCUUAAAUUAAAAUGUAUAAAAUCUUGUGCUGGUGAAAUUAAAACAAUUAAGAUUUUUUACAUACAAAAAUACACUAUUGCCUGAUAUAGGGGCCUAAGUAAUAAACUUUCAGUUUUUUUUACAGUCAGUCUACUGUACCAAUAAUUCCCAAAUUUGGUAAUAUAAAUUGAUAUCAGAGUAUUCUCUCAAACAUAAAAACCUACAGAUUAAAUAUUUUUAGAUUUUUAACUCAUAAGGACAUAUUGACAUAGUUUUACGUUUGAUUUCUAUAUCAGCUAUUGUAUGUUAACAUUGAGUAUUAUAGCCCAUUGGAGUGAUGUUAAUACUGCCAUUAGGUGAUGUAUUAGUUAAACGUAAACCCAAAUUUAAUUUUAUUAAUACUGUAAAACCUCUUUGUUAGUCAUAUGCAUGUAACGAUAUUCCAAUGUAUUAGUUUACAUUUAAUGAAUUGAAAUAUUGCAAUGUUUAAACAUUUAUUACUUCCCGUGUUAAUGAUAUUUUCUUUUACUGUCGGGUUCAAUACCGUAGCUUGGCCUACAUUUAAAUAAACCAAGACUGAUUGAAAGUUAAUUUGAUUUAUGAAUGUAAAUUAAUUGUAUGACAAGAUGACUCGAUAUGAUAUUCUAAUAUAUUUUGAAUUAAGAAUAUUUAUUAACAAAUUUUUUAUAUAGAUUUUUAGAGAAAUGUUCACAGAUCAUUCCAGUUUAUGUAAAUAUUGUUGACUGAGUUAGCUGUUAACGUAAAACCACUGAUUAUAUUAUACACUAUGAGUAGACCCAAGUGUGUGACUUGAGUAUUUAUUGUAAACAAAAUUCACCUCACACCUUCAAUUCCUAAUUCCCUAAUUGUGUACAGAAACUCUGUUUUACCAUCUUUAAAUAUGAGUAGGCUAUUGGAGGUUGCCCACAAACAUAACACGUUUAGUUUACUCUAUAGUGGAUAUAUAAGCAGUGGUUCCACUCAAUGGUUAUUAAUACUACAUUUUUCAAAGGCUUUGACAUUUUUUAUUAAUAAGAGUGUUUUAAGUCCUUUAAUAGAUUGUAGCAAGCAUAAAAUAGUGUCAUAACCCAAUUUUGGUUUUGUAGUUUUUUUGUACUGUGUACUGCAAUGUAGUAUGUGUUUUCAAGUGUGUGAAAUAAAGGAAUCCCUGAUCUU